UGUCGAGAGUGGGGCGCUGGAAAAGCACGGCGGGUCAGGCAGCAUCCUGAGGAGAAUGGACAUUUCGAACAUCAGCCCUUCAUCAAGAAAUCUCUGGGUGGGGGUUUCCUGGCUAUUGGUGGGAUCUUGCUGUGCAUCAGUCCAGCUGCCUCGCAAGACUAUUUCCGGGGAGUAAAGGUCUCAGAACUGAAAGGGGGCCACGUAUCUUAACGUGUUACAAUGAAACUUCGUCCUCGGUCCUACAGCGUAGGGACUAACCGACUGGGUACAUCUUGAAGAGAGGAACCAACCGUUACCUCAUUUCACCUUCCUCCUUCCCUCCGCUCCGCCUCUCCCCUCCCUGUCUCGGUCCUGUCUUUGCUACCCCUCCUCUCUCUCUCUCUCUCUCUUUGUAAACACUGCCCGUUGGAAACGCUUUAAUAUCGAGUCACGUUUAAAUCUCUGUCUCUCGGCGGCGUUAUCACACACAGUAUCCAUCCGUAGACGGAGCGGGAUCCGGAGAGAGGGGACAAAGAAAGAGAGAGAGAGAGAGAGAGAAUAAAGACAAAAAUCGAUAGAGAGAAAAAAGAAUCGGGGGGAGACAAAAAAGGGGACUCUACAGAUCCGAUGUGAGGAUUACUGUAACUAUGAGUGAGUGAGUGAGUGAGUGCGUGGCGGAACAUGAGGGAAUUUGUGAGUCAAAGAUUUUAGAUUUGUCUGGGGGUCGGUGCGUGGUCAAGCGCCGAUCACUCUUGGGGAAGAGGAGACAUCAGAUCAGAUUAUACAUCGAAAUCGCCCAAUUGACAGGAGGCAGCCGUGAGGAGCGGGGCGGAAAAAAGUCACAUUUGUUUUGAAUUUUGAAAAAAGUGCGAGGGGUCCGGGACCCACACACGGUUCGAGCGGGAAUCGGCCGGUGCUGGGUUAGUGCGGACUCCGAGAGAAGGCAAACGGGUUAAAAGGACGGGAGAGAGAGAGAGGGAGGAAGGGAUUCUUAACCACAACCUUGUGGGUUCAAAUCAAGUCGGGAAUAAAGCGGUUAGGAACAGAGGGGGAAUACAGGGAAAAGGAUAUAGCGGGAGGCGAGUUGGACUGGGGUAAUUGUACUUUCAUAACGGGCACAGAAUUAGUUAGACAGGAGCGAGGGACAAGCAGAGACGAUUUAGACCGGAAUUUAGCAAUUGAACCAAAAGUCGAACUCAGAUAGAUCUGCUGGUCUCCAGCUCCCGGGCAAAGGUACAGUUUCCACCGGGAGCCAUGGCUCUGUUCGGGAAGUACACCCACGCUAUCGUCAGGGGCAUCCCGGCCGGAGUGGGAGUGAAGGACGGGGAGGACAGCGAGGGCUGCCGGCUGGACGCUGCGAAACUGCACCGCCAGCUCGGCGUCUACACCGGGAUCCUGAGGCAGAAACUGGGCCUGCAGGUGAUCGAGCUGCCGGCCAGCGAGCAGCCCGGGCUGCCCCUCAGCCUCUGUGUGGAGGACAUUGUGGUGGUGCAAGGAGACACCGCUCUUCUGACCCGCCCCGCAGAUCCGGACAGGAGGAAAGAGGUGGCAACGGUGAAGAAAGUUCUGGAAGAGCUGAAGCUGCGUGUGUUCGAAGUGACGGAUGAGAAAGCCACGCUUGACGGCAGCGAUGUCUUCUUCACAGGCCGCGAGUUCUUUGUUGGGAUCUCCAAGUGGACCAAUCACAAAGGAGCGGAGUAUGUGGCGGAAGCAUUCAAGGAUUUUACGGUGUCCAUUGUGCACAUUCCUGAGCCCCAUCAUUUGAAGAGUUUCUGCAGCAUGGGUGGACCCAGCACCAUUAUCAUAGGGAACAGUGAAGUUGCUCAAAAGGCCAUCAAGGCGAUGGAGCAGCUAACGGACUAUCAGUACGACAAACUUAGCGUACCAGAUGACGCUGCUGCCAAUUGCAUCUAUGCACGCGUUGGCAACAAGUGCAAUGCCUUGGUCCACCGGACAGCGGAUGAGUUUCCGGAAAGUUCCAAGGCCUUCAAGAAGCUUCCAGACUACACAUUGAUUCCAGCGUCCUGCACGGAAGUGGCUAAACUGGGAGCAUCCCUGAGCUCCUGUUCCAUUUUAAUCAAUAAGAAGUUUGAAUAUUAGAGUCAAUUUGGGAGGGUGUGUGGUGUGAGGGAGGGGGAGUUGUGGGGCAAUGGAAGGGGAGUGGUGCUUAAUCCACAACUGCCUUAAAUUCCAUGGCGGAAUACAAUAGAAACGACUCUGAAUCGACGGAUAUGCGAGGGAUGUACUGGAAUUUUUGGAUCAGGGACAACCCGCCUCAACUCAAUCCCAGAAGUGAGGUGGAAUUCUUCCAUGGGGCUAGAGACCGAGUCCUCAUCUUCAAUGUAAACAGGGCUCGACAUGCAGAGCAAAGCUGUUGUUGAUGACGGUGGGUCUACCCACGCCACCUAGGGGUGAAACAUCUGUAUUAAUGUAGCUCUAAUCUGAGGAGCAUUUUCUUGCCUCCGGGUCCAACCCAGUGCCUCAAAUAGGGAUUAAUCACCCUCGCAGAACAAUUCCUGAAACCCUGCCUUCCUUCCGCGAUUGGAUUUCCUCGAGUGUGCUUUUCCAGGGUUGUUCGAUUACUGACGAAUCUUUACUUUGAGAGGUGUUUGACUCUCAUCCUGUGCAACACAUCCUCGACCAGACUUCCAUCUUGUCUAUUCCACCCCCUUCUCUCCCACCCUAGUUUUCUCUCAACUGUUUGUUUCUCCGAGAACAAAGUAGCCAUCGGGUCUGCCUUUUUCUUUAAAAAAAUGUUAUUCAUUUUCUCGCCUGCAACUGACUGGGCGAAAUCUGAAAUAAAUAUGUGAGGAGGAAGAGGCAAAAUGUCAAAUUCCUCAAACUAGGAGUCAUCCCCAACCCAGCUGUGGUCAAACCCACUCUGACUUAAUCCAGUAUCGAAAUAAACUGAGGAAUGCUUUACAGUAUCGUCCUCUACUGUUCUAGAACAUUACUGAGAAACACAAGACAGCCUUCCUUAAAAAAAAGUAUUAAUCGUUCACCAGAUGGUUAAUAUAAUUGAUGCAACAAAAAAAAGUACAUAACUGGGGAUUGUCACCUUACGUCAAUUUGUGCCUUUGGAAUUUUUAAAAGAUUUUCUCAAAACCAGAGCUAAGAGGAAGAUCUCGAGCUUAGUUCCUGUAGGGAGCACCUUUGCUGAUCAGUUGUGUGUUUUUAUGCACCUCAUUAUUUGAACACCGAUUUAUUUUAACCGGGAUGGAUCCAUUGCUAAAGGUAUCUUGAUCCGUCCGCAUCUAUAACAAGAUGAGGGGCAAGAGAGAUUUACGCUUCCAGUGGGGAGAAGCAAUUCGCUUUUUAAACAGCGUUGCAAAUUUUUUGCCCCUAUUGAGUAUUUACCUUCAAAUGGGCGCGCAAAUAAUGGGGCAGUUCCGGGAACAGACAAUGCCUGCUUUACACUCGGUUGCCAGUUUGAAAACUACCAUUACCCCGCGCACAAAGAGGGCUUCAAUUUGGCUUUAAAAAGGACUUUUUAAAGGGAAAAAAAAGUCCACUUCUGCCUGCCAUUUUUGUCUUGUGCAACAACAGCACCGCCUAGAGUUCAAAAAUAAUAUUAUAGAGGCACACUUUCACUUACCUUGCUCCUCUUGGGUUCCUAAAACAAACGGGGAGUUUUUUUUUGUUUUAAUUGCCGACAAAGUAAUUAAAAUCCGAGGAGAGUUCCUUUUGAUAGGAUUAAUGCGGACAAACAGCGCAUGUCGUAAUGCUGCAGAAUGAGGUAAAACCAUAAUCUGGACAACACCUAAUUGAAAAUAUCCUUCUCUUCACUUUUAAAUACGGAUUUUUAAAUUACGUGCUGAGAAAUUGAACUUUAUAAAUGGAGCCAUUUCCUUUUGUUUUUGCAAAGAAAAUAGUUGCAGCCACAGUUCUACAGAACUUCCGCCAUGUUGUGUAUCAGACCCCCAAGGAAGGGACUCUCUGGGAACUUCACUUUCGUGCCGCAACCUUGAGUGGCCAUUUUCUUGGGCAGUCAGGUCAAAGCCGGUGCAUAUUGAAUGCCUGGCAGUUUUACAGGGAGCCACACACUUGGUGUUUCCUGCAAGUUGAGCUUGAGUGGAAACCAUGGCUCAUCUAUGGUUCCCCAAUCCUUAAUAAUAAUGAGUCAAUUUAGCCAAUUGCAGAGCUCCCAACACCUGUCCUGGUUUAAGCUGCAUACCCAUUGAGAUUUAGAGAGAGUGUGUGUCUCCCCUCUUCAAUCCACUCGCCUUUCUCCAGCCAAGGUCUGUGCACUACCUGUAGUUUAGUGAAUAGCACUCCAAUAUAUCAAUUUAGUUUAUCCAGACCUCUGACUUUCAUGCAGUCUAAUCCACUUCCAGUGUGUUACCUCCUCUCGCCCCGGAUUGGGAGUGGAAAAAGAGUCAGAUCAUUUGGUGCUUUUUUUCUGAUGCCUGAAAUUCAGCUUUUGUACGGUGUCUCCUUUGUAAGCAACUCUUCUGAUUUAGUAAAAAUGAGAAUCUGCCUCAAA